UUCUUUAUAAAGAUCAAUGGAACCACCAAAUCAUUUGCUGGAGCUGAAAACCGAAAAGAGAAAUUAAAUCAAAUUAAGAGCAAGUGUUGAAAAAUGUCCAUGCAAACCUACGAAGAUUUGGAAGCGAAAUAUGGAACAGAAGAAACGCCUGAAUCAAUCCUCCUGCUUGUUCAAAUUCCUGAUGGUUUUGCACGAGAGCAUAUUGGAGCCAAAAUUGAGUACGAGUUUGCAAGGGUGAGAGUUCAUGGUGAGCGAUCACUUGGAAACAAUAGAAGGUCACGUUUCAAUGUAUUAUAUCAAAUUCCAGAAUAUUGUGACAUUAAUAGAAUUAAGGCAAAGUUUGAUGGCAAAAUUGUCACCAUCACAAUACCAACCAUUCCAGGAAAAGUCUCUAAAAAAGAAGCAGAAUCAAACCCAGGGGAUGAAAAAGAAGGUACUCCUACAGAUGAUGAUCAAAAGAAAACCAUUGUUAGUGAUCAGGUUCCCAAAUUAAUAGUUGAGUGUAAAGAAGAGAUUGAUCAUGAGGCUUCAACCCCAUCAAAUUAAGGUCACAGAAGAGUCUAUGCAUCAAAUGGGUCAAGAGGCUUCAUCCCCAUCAUGCUAAAUGUUGUGUGAGAUUGAGGCCUCUAGUAAAAAAGAUAAUAAAUCAGAUAGUUAGCAAUGUAAACAAUAUGCUUAGGAAUAAAAUUUAUGGUGCUUGCAAUAAAAAGGACUUGGGUAACCCACAAGUUUACUUCUCUCAA